AUGCCUAUCACUACUGCACCAAGGCUUGCCAACGGACAGUGGCAAAAAACAUUUCCUUUGCAAAUGAAUACGGAGACUUUGUCCCUUGUUUUUGUGAAGAAGCUGUUUGCUGUGGCUGUCUCAAAUGUUGCAUUCGUCCGGAAACUCUUCCCUGAUAACGCGUUCUUUGAUAAAAACAUUGAAGGAAUAAGCUUAAAAAUUUUAAAAGAGGAAGCGUCAUGUCCAGGAACUUGCAAGGUUGUUUUUUGGCUCCGCGGAUGCUUUGAUGCAAUUGAAAGGCGAUACCUACGGAAAGCUACACUUGUUCUUUAUGAAAAUCCAGGUGAUCCUAAGACCAUAAUGGAGUCAUUCUCAUUCACAUUUCGAUACGAUAGCAAGGAAGGCGCUUCCAUGGAGAUGGAAGCAGAGCCCAUAAGUUCUGCAAAGUUUGCGUCUACCCUCCCCAGAGAUGAGAGAGUAAAAGUGCAGACGAAAAAUUUACUUAAUGCUAUUUUGGCUGCUGGGAAAAUGCUAGGACCUCUCCCUAAGAAAAUGAUGCUGACUAUGAAACUACAGUAUUACAAUUCUGCUCCUAGUGAUUACAUGCCAAAUGGCUUUAGAAUUGACGAGAACCCAGAAAUGGUCUUUCAGAGUGAUCCUGUUAACCUCAAGAUUGGUUCAAUCGACACGAAUGGUGAUUUAGGUCGGUCGGAAAACGGUGCUAUAUCGGCGAAGGGAAAACGUGGGAAACAUAUAGACGUUGACGGUCUCACUUCUGCUGCAGAAGAGUUACAAAUCACAAAUAAUACUGUACUGAAUAUUGUGUUUCCAUUUACCUCUAUGCCUUUGGAACAAGGAAGUGUGGGACGUUAUAUUUAUGUCUAUUCUGAUUAUUUUAUCAUCUUGCAUCCUCAAUCUUUUACUCUUCCUCUGUUGUUGGCAUCAUUUCUGCUGCAUAUUGUCUCAUUGACUUUUGAUAAAAUCUCUUCAAAGUUAAAACUGAGCUUUUGGAAAAUUUUGGAGCAGCUGGUCGUCUGUUGUUUUCGCAAAACCGGUUCUCAGAACACUUGGUACCUUUAA